GAUAACGAAUUACUACCAAAACGCACAUCUCCAUAAUCUUCGCAAUUCUUGGUCAAAAUCCCCGGGACAUUUUUUUUUCAAGAUCCUCAAACCUUUGCGAUUCUGAAUCUGCAGUAAAAAAAGAUACUUCUCCCAAAAGCCCCAAAGUUGAUAGUGCUAUCAGAUAUGCAGCAAACCUUCUGGGAAAGGGAAGCUUACCCCGCUAUUGGCUAGUUUUCCCCAGCUCCAACGUCACCACGAAGGUACCAACUCAUCAUCGCCAUUUACGAUUCACAAAUUCGCACAAAACAAUGUAUAAAGAAAGAUGAGGGAAACCGAUUCAAGAGAAGGAGAAGGUUCCGUCGAUACUCCCGACUUCGAUUCUUUCAACAACUUACUACCAUCGGGUCAAAAUGCCACUCACAGCCAUGCCCACGACAGCAUGUCUCCCGAUUUUCUCAAAGUCGAAAACACUCUCAAUGCCGAUGGCAAAAAGAUUAAACUACAACUCCCCUUGAGCUGUGAGCCUCCGGGUCCAAGCAAUAAGACAAAGCCAAAGGUUUGGAUAAUAUUUGGCGCCAGUGGCCAUAUGGGCCAGAGUCUCACACGAGCAUGUCUUUCCAAAGGCGACGAAGUUGUUGCCGUCGGCCGGAUCAACGAAAAUACAAUCGAAUCGAUGCAAGCCACAUUUCCCCAUUCAAACUGCUUCAAUACUCUUUGCGACGUGCGUGUACGAGACUCUGUAUCUACAGUUAUAGAGCAGGCGCUUGAAAAAUUCAAGCGCAUCGAUGUGAUAGCCAAUUGUUCGGGCUACGGCGUCAUCGGCGCAUGCGAAGACCAAGACGAGCACGAAAUCCGCAAUCAAUUCGAGACGAAUUUUAUGGGCACAGUACAUAUCAUCCAAUUAAGCCUACCAUACUUUCGCGAGCAAGGAGCAGGGAGAUACUUGAUAUUCAGUAGUACUUCAGGCGCAUUGGGUGUUCCGGGCUUGGGACCAUAUUGCGCGACGAAGUAUGCGGUGGAGGGAAUGAUCGAAGCGAUGCUUUACGAAGUCGAUGCUUUCAACAUAAAAGCUACAUUGGUAGAACCAGGGUUGGUGAGGAGAGAUGAGAAGGAAUUAGCUUCGGGUCCGUUGCCCACUUGGGGACACUUUUUGAUUAAACCUCCCAGUGAACCAUAUUCCGAUCCGACUUCACCGGCGUUUCAUGCGAAGAGAAUGGUUCAAUGGCUGGGGGAUAAACAACCUACAAGUGCUAAGAAAUGUGCGGAUUUGGUUUGGCAGUUAGGUCAUUGUUCUUACCCGCCUUUACGAUUACUUUUAGGGAGUUACGCUAUAGAGAGUAUUAGAGAUCGUUUGCGAUCCAUCAUAGAAGAAUUGGAGGACUGGAAGCAUCUACACCACCCCAUAGCUCCCGUUGAUGAGCUUGAUAAUGAGGAGGAUUCAGAUGAUGCUCGGGAUGUGGAUGCGUCUGCUAAAACGAAAAAGGAGGACCGACCUGCAAAGCGGGCUGCGACGAGUUCAUCAAAAAUAGAGUCAGAUGGAGAUAGUAGUUCAUGAUCACGCUUAUUGAGCUAUCAAUAAUUGUAAUUUUAUAACAACA